AGAAACUUUUGAAAUUAUAAUCCAGCAUUCAAGAAACUAUACUAACAUUAUGUUCAGAAACCAGCACAGAAACAAUGCAAAGGACAUUUCUGAGAUUGUUGGAGAACUUUUCACAGAUAUUUCUCUUUAUAUACUGGGGUCUGACCUGAAUGUCAACAACAUGAUAAAUGAGUUUUUCGACAGUUUAUUCCCAAUAAUGUAUCGGCAAUUAGUUAAUUCUGGUUUUCAAGAUCUCUCAGGUACAACAGGGGAAUGCCUACGGAUUGCCAGGAAAGAUGUCAAAGUGUUUGGAGGCUACCCCAACCUAAUUAUGACACGGGUGUCAAAAUCCUUACAGACUGCUCGAGUUUUCCUUCAAGCCCUCAAUUUAGGCAUUGAAGUAAUUAACACUACUGACCACUUAAAGUUCACCAAAGACUGUGGGAGAGCAUUGCUUAAAAUGUGGUAUUGUCCUCACUGUCAAGGCCUGCUGAUGGCAAAACCAUGUUUAGGAUACUGCAGUAGUACAAUGCAGAGCUGUCUGUCAAGUGUUACUGAGAUACAGUAUCACUGGAAGGAAUAUAUCAGAUCUCUAGAGGCCCUAGCUAACAGCAUGCACGGAACCUACGAUGUGGAACAUGUCUUGCUCAAUCUGCACUCGCUGAUAAAGAAUGCUGUCGUGUAUGCUCAAAAGAAUGGAGGAAAAUUAUCAACAACAAUUAAGAAAAUAUGUGGCCAUACUUGGAGGAGACAGGCUCGAUCUACAUUCUAUCCAGUGGGUCUUUAUGUUGAUCAGAAAAGAAUAAAGCAUAGCUAUGCCGAGCAUGAGGAAACCCUAAGUAAAAGAAGAAGAGAGUUUAUUAAUAAGUUGAAAACCUCCAUCAAUUUCUAUGCCACUCUGCCCCAUCAGUUGUGCAGUGGAGACUAUGCAAUUCAGAAUGAUUCCCUCUGCUGGAAUGGACAAGGCAUAGUGGAAAGAUAUGUCUAUCCAGUGCUAAAGAACACGGCAAAGGCUCAAACAUCCAGCAAUAGUGAUGCAAAGGGGAAAGGGAGAGAACCGGUAGUAAAUCAAAUCAUCGACAAAUUAAAACACAUUAAUCAGUUAUUAAAAGGUAUUGCAAUACCUCGAAUGAGAACUGGAAAUAAAGACAUGGGAUCAACUGAAGGAGAUGUCCUAGAAAGUGGAGACUGUGAUGAUGAAGAUGAAUGUGGUGGUUCUGGGAAUGGUGGAUUUAAGAUCCAGCAACAGCCCUGGUUCUCUUCAGAAUUACCUGAUGAAUUAUUUGUGGAUGACAUCAACUUUCACAAACAGCUUUUGACUCCACAGAGGGGAAAUGAAGUUUCAUCAAACACUGCUGGACCAAGAUAUGCUUUUGAUUACGUCAUGCAUAGAAGUCUUACAAUGAGCUCCACCAGUUUUUUGACAUUUUAUUUUCUCUUCCAUUGACAGCUGCAAAUAAUGAGGGACUAUUUUUUUUUACGUUGUUUACCUUUUAACUUAGCAAAGCUGACUGAAUAUAGCUGACUUUGAGAUGUGUCAAUUUCUUCUCAGACAUUUAUGUCAAAGGUAUGGAAUAGGUAAUUAUGUAUGGAAUAAAAAAACAGAGGGGAAAGAGAAUCUGCUGAAUGUUAAUGGACACUAUAUUUUUAAGAAUACAUAUGCCAGGAAUUUAAAAUGACUUAAUACAUGCUGUAUGAUUUUGUUUUGUUUUUUGUUGUUUUUAAUUUAUUUGUUUUUUGUCUUUUUUUUCACUUUUUCAAUACUUGUAAACUAAUGGGCCAAAAUUUUAUUUUUCUAUUUUUUUUUUUUUUUUUACUUUUUAUUGGAGUGCUUGUGGGUUAGUAGAAUUUGUAUUUAAGUAAUGAUAAUAUUAAAAAAAGUUUGUAUUUAUUCACCAGAAAGUGUUUCAAGUACAUCAGCUCUGAGGUUUACAAGUGGAGAGCCCUGACUACAUCCCGAUGACAUGGGAUUUAUUAUCAUUCCUGACUCUGGAGAAAAUGACAAUGGCAAGUUGUUUGGGAUUUGGGAACUUAAGUCAAUGAUGACCUAACUUUUGACCAACACGCGGCUAUUGUAAGAAAGCUCUUCUAUAUUGCACAGCUUAUAAACAAAGGGAUUGUGUCUAGAUUUAGGGAAGUCAUUGUUCUCCUUUUACUCAGUCCUUAUUAGGCCAAUCAUUGAAUACAAUGCCUCCUUUGAUAUGCAUCUGUCCAGUCACAUGCAAUAAGUGGAACACCCAGAGAGAUACCUUGCUUAUAAGGUCACAGGGCCUAAACAACAUGUCCUACACAGACCAACUCAAAGCCUUGUCACUAUAGUCUGCAUCCUACAGACUAAGAGAUUUCCUGGGAAUGGCAUACAAGGCAUCCUUUGACCCAUUAUUGUUGGAUUUGCUGCACAUCAGCAAGUCAAAUGGCAUCAGAAAUACUCUGUCAAGAGAUCUAAACCUCUUCUGCAACAUCAACAGAAUGAUUUGGAGGGUCAGGUAUUUCUCACAGAGCAAACUGCUGCUGUGGAAUAGACUUCCCACCCACAUAAAACAAAGUUCAUCUCUCUCCAUUUUCAAGCACAAUUUAAAUCUAUGAAUGGGAAACAGAAAAUUUACCCCAGACUGUCCACUGUACUACUAAUGGACAGAGUCAGCUCCUUAAUGCUCUGUCCCAUGCAUGGGUCGCAAGUCACCUCUUAGUUUGUAGGAUACAGACUAUAGUGACAGGUAUGAUCCUAGUUAUUCCCAUUAGGAGUGAUAUAUAAUUAUUGACCAUGGGAUGGGUAAGAGCAAUUUAUAACCUAAUGGGAUAGGAUAUUCGGAGCACUAAAAGGAAAAUUGUCUAGGCUUAAAAUGGCCUAGUACUUGCCUAUGAACCUUUGAGAAGAACUGAAGGGUUAAGCCCACUUGCAUCUCUCAGGGUGGGAUAGCAGAAUUAAAUGACCCAGACUGCACUUUCUGCUCAAGCUCUUCAUGGAGACAAUAGAACCGGAAGUAUUUAUAUGAAUGAGGCAGUGCAUAUGUGGACUUGGAUCCCUAAUGGAUGAGCAACAGUUCUACUGUCUGAUAUCAUCAGAGACAUUUCUAGGCGUAUUAGGAGUUAAGGUAGGUCUAGGGGAAGAAAAGUAAACUCUGAUCUCCAUCAUGGGUAAUGGCACAGUUCCAGCAAUACCAGCCCUAACCACAAGGGAAACAAAUGAGCUAUAGAUUUUUCUUCCCUGAAUGAAUAAAUGAAAGGACCAGUACAGUCUCUGGGGAUAAGGCUUGAUGUCAGCCCAGACUGAAGAUAAAGAGGCAUUUUCUUUUUCUGAUUUUGUAAAAUUGUUGUAAUUACAUUUUGAUUUAUGAUCUUUUCUGCAGUUGCUGUAUGUAAUAAUUACAAAAAUUGCAAAAUGAAAAUUUUAGAAGCUGUUUUUCUGGGUUUUAAAUUAGUUACAGUGUAAUGAUAUUGUCAAACAAUGAAGUAAUUAUUUUUUUUAUGUGCAAUGUUUAUUUCUUUAGCCUAUUUCUCUAAGAAAAAGUAAAAUGUUAAUUGCAGUCCAUUGAUAGAAGUUUGGAGUUUAACUUAAUGUGGUCAUUCUGCAUUGCUUAUGAAUUACAUGCACUAAUAAAGGCAACACAGGGAAUCUUA